UGGGGUGCUACAGCCCCUGUCCGUGCUAAUCACAGGGUCUGUGUGUGUGUGUGUGUGUGUGUGUGUGUGUGUGUAUGUGUGUGUGUGAGAGAGUGUGUGUAUUCCUGGCUGCAGCAUAGCAGUGAGGAUAUGUGGCUUCCUGUGUGUGCUGCUCGGCAGCUCCAGCUCAUUCUGCUGCAUGCCGCUCACUGACACCAUUACGCAGAGGAAUUCCCUGCUGUCUCUGCUGCUGCUGUUCACAGGGAGUCUGAGCGUGGGGUAAAGGGAAGAAGGGAGAGAAGACAUGCAGCAAAGCAACAUUGACCGAUGGAGGACAUUGGAUUUUUCUUGAACAUGAACUGUGUUUGUUCCUGAGGAAAUCACACUUUCAGUGGGAUUUCUUGCUGACCCUUGUGCUCCUUAAUUGUGCACAUAUAUGUAGGUUGGAACACUGUAUGAGUGUGUGUGUGUGAGUGAGAGUGAUUGUGUUGAUGUGUGUGUAUGAGUGUUCAUUACUGAUGCGGUCAGAGCGGGCUAGCCGUGUGUGCAUUGUGGUGCUGGAGGAGGUGGAGGAGGAUGAGCCCUCAUCUUCACCCCCACCUCCUCGGCCCAAAUCAUCUCCAGACCGCAGGUCCCAUCAUGCCUCUCGAAGGGCUGCUGCGCAAGAGGACAAGCCAUCUUUGUUAAGAGCCAUCUUCAAAGUGGACCCAGAUGAAGUUCGCUCCCUCAUAUUUAAGAAGGAGGAUGUCAACAUUCAGGAUAAUGAGAAGAGGACACCUCUGCAUGCUGCAGCGUACCUGGGAGACGCAGAGAUCAUUGAGCUGCUCAUCCUGUCUGGAGCCAGAGUCAACGCCAAAGAUAACAAGUGGCUAACUCCUCUUCACCGAGCUGUUGCUUCUUGUAGUGAGGAUGCAGUGUCAGUGUUGUUGAAACACAGUGCAGAUGUGAACGCUCGCGACAAGAACUGGCAGACACCGCUUCAUGUAGCAGCGAGCAACAAGGCAGUACGCUGCGCAGAGGCUUUGGUUCCUCUGCUUAGCAAUGUAAACGUCUCUGACCGCGCAGGACGCACUGCCUUGCAUCAUGCUGCCUUCAGUGGACACGUAGAGAUGGUGAAGCUGCUUCUGUCCAGAGGAGCCAACAUUAAUGCGUUUGAUAAGAAGGACAGGAGGGCUAUCCACUGGGCAGCCUACAUGGGUCACCUUGAAGUGGUGAAAUUAUUGGUGGCCAGUGGAGCUGAGGUGGACUGUAAGGACAAGAAGGCCUAUACUCCUCUCCACACAGCUGCCUCCAGUGGCAUGGGCAGCACCGUGCACUACUUGCUGAGCCUGGGUGUCCACGUUAACGAGGUAAAUGCCUAUGGCAACACCCCACUGCAUUUGGCCUGUUAUAAUGGACAGGACGUGGUGGUCAGUGAGCUCAUCGAGACGGGGACCAAUGUCAAUCAGGUGAAUGAGAGGGGCUUUUCUGCUCUCCACUUUGCCUCCUCCUCUCGCCAGGGGGCGCUGUGUCAGGAGCUGCUGUUAGCCCACGGCGCUCAUAUCAACAUGCGGAGUAAGGAUGGUAAGACCCCCCUCCACAUGGCAGCUACCCAUGGAAGGUUCUCCUGCUGUCAGGCCCUCAUUCAAAAUGGAGCUGAGAUUGAUUGUGAGGACAAGAGCAGAAACUCUGCCCUUCACAUCGCUGCCCGCUACGGACACGAGCUCAUCAUCACAGCUCUCAUCAAACAAGGAGCCAACACCGCCAAGAGGGGCAUUCACGGGAUGUUCCCUCUUCACCUGGCAGCUCUCAGUGGCUUCUCAGAUUGCUGCAGGAAGCUGCUGUCCUCAGAGUUUGACAUAGACACCACUGAUGACUUUGGGAGGACCUGUCUACAUGCUGCUGCAGCUGGAGGGAACCUGGAGUGUUUGAACCUGCUGUUAAACAUAGGAGCAGACUUUAACAGGAAAGACAAUUUUGGAAGGACUCCAUUACACUAUGCAUCGGCCAACUGUAAUUUCCAGUGUGUGUUUGCCUUGGUGGGCUCCGGGGCAAGUGUUAAUGAGCUGGACCAGAGAGGCUGUAGCCCCCUGCACUAUGCUGCUGCUGCUGACACUGAUGGAAAAUGUGUAGAGUACCUGUUGAGGAAUGAUGCCGAUCCAGGAGUGAGAGACAAACAGGGUUAUAGUGCUGUGCAUUAUGCCUCAGCCUAUGGACGCACACUCUGCCUGGAACUGAUGGCGAGUGAGACUCCUCUUGAUGUGCUAAUGGAAACAUCGGGAACUGACAUUCUGAGUGACUCACAGAGCCAGGCCCCCAUCAGUCCACUGCAUCUGGCGGCUUAUCAUGGACACUGUGGAGCAUUAGAGGUUCUCCUGGCGUCCCUGCUGGAUGUGGACGUUCGUAGCCCAGAGGGCUGCACCCCGCUCAGCCUUGCCUGCUCAAGUGGUCACCAAGAGUGUGUCUCCUUGCUGCUGCACCAUGGUGCCUCACCCAUGACCCAUGACUACACACAGAAAAAGACAGCCAUUCAUGCUGCAGCUAUGAAUGGCCACCCAGAGUGCUUGCGCCUGCUCAUGAGCAACAACGACCAGCAAAUUAAUUUGGAUGCGCCAGACAGCAACGGACAGACUCCUCUGAUGUUGGCAGUGCUGAGCGGCCACACUGAGUGUGUGUACUCACUGCUUAGUCAAGGAGCCAGUGUCGUAAAGCAGGACCGGUGGGGAAGGACAGCACUACACCGUGGGGCAGUGACAGGCCAGGAGGAGUGUGUAGAGGCCCUGCUCCAGCGAGGGGCCACAGUGUGCGCGAGGGACAUCCGGGGCCGUUCCCCUCUUCACCUGGCAUCUGCCUGUGGCCGUGUUGGUGCCCUGGGUGCUCUGAUGCAGGGCACCAGCACCUCACACACUGACACACACCUCACAGACAACCAGGGCUACACACCGCUGCACUGGGCCUGCUACAAUGGUUAUGAUGCAUGUGUGGAGGUGUUGUUAGACCAGGAGGUGUUCAGGAAGACUAAGGGCAAUGUAUUCAGUCCACUGCACUGUGCUGUUAUGAAUGAUAACGACGGCGUGGCUGAGAUGUUAAUCGACUCCCUGGGCUCUACAAUUGUCAAUGCUACUGAUGCAAAGGGCAGGACACCGCUUCACGCUGCAGCCUUUUCUGACCACGUGGAGUGUGUUUCCCUUCUUCUGAGCCACGGAGCUCAGGUAAAUGUAGUUGACACAUACACAAGGAGGACACCGCUAAUGAUGGCAGCACUAAAUGGACAGACCAAUGCUGUGGAAGUAUUGAUGAGCAGCACUAAAGCAGACUUAACAUUACAGGAUACAAACAGAGACACAGCAUUGCAUCUGGCUUGCAGCAAGGGUCAUGAGACGAGUGCCUUGUUGAUUCUGGAGAAAAUGAGCGACAGGAAUCUCAUUAACUGCACCAACGCCUCUCUCCAGACGCCCCUGCAUGUAGCGGCCAAGAAGGGAUUGACAGUGGUGGUCCAAGAACUCCUGGGGAAAGGAGCCAGUGUGUUGGCUGUGGAUGAGAAUGGCUACACUCCAGCGUUGGCCUGCACUCCCAACCGUGAUGUUGCCGACUGUCUGGCCCUCAUCCUCAACUCCAUGAUGCCCACCUCCCCCAUGGUCACCAUUGCAGCUUUACCUGCACUGUCUCUCACUCGAACGGUCAUCAACCAUCACCCCGCCUCCAACCACAUGUCCAAAGGUGUUGCCUUUGAUACCCCACCCCCUCUGCGACCUGGCCACACCUCCUACUGCAGACCGGAGCGCCCGCUGUCCACAGUCUCUGCAGAUGACGAAAUGAAUGACUCAGAUUCAGAGACGUACUGAGUCCCACAGUUCUGGCAGGAGAGCUAGUCAUUCAGGAACCUUAAAAGUUCACUGAAAAGAGAUAAAUAUCUAGGCCCAAAAUAAGGCAGAUUGUUUUAAAAUAAAAUUUUAAUUAUUUAUUAAUAAUAGUUUUUUGUAAAUCAGAUGUUUGUUUUCCUCAAGGUUGAAAAUUAUGUUCUAAAAUUUAAAACUCUACAUUUCUUUCAAACAGAACCACUACAUGGCCAGUGUCUUUUUAAAAUUUUAAAUUUGUGUAAUUUUAGUUUUUAAAUGUUAACAAUUUCUGGGGUGAUUUUAAGUCUUUUCCUUUUCAACCACAACUAAAAGAGGGUUUACGAGAGAAAAUCUUUAGUCAUGAUCGUCUGAAAUAAAUAAAAACAGGGCAUUUCUUGUGGGACCAGGUGAUUGAUGAACUGUUUUCCAAACUGUACUUUUGUACUCCCUCGAACCACUUUUCGAGGGAGAAGAUGUGAAUGUCGUCAUUUCUUUUCUGCAAUGGUGGCCCAAUCUUUGCCCAUGUACUGUAUGAUCAGUUCAGGAGACACCUUACUGACAACUGUGCAGAUGAACAACCCAAGGAACUUUGAACCUGCUAUGCUGUAAAACUACUUAUUGACUGUACUGUAACGGAGAUGGCUGACACUGUACAUACGUGUGGAAGAGAGAUUGUGUGUGUUUUGUGUGAGACAGAGAAAUGAAUAAAAUUGCCUUUUUUUUGGAACAAGCAACUUCAAGGCAGGUGGUGAA